AUGGAGAGUCUAAUGGCUGGUAAAAAUAACGUUACGCAUUUAAAUCUGAUGCACAAUAACUUACAAGAACUGCCAGACAGUUCUCUAGUUGGCUAUCCGCAUCUUAUAUAUCUAUCCCUGGCGUACAACAAUAUUAGUACUUUGACGUACAAAGCAUUUGAAGGCCUCAAAAACUUAACAACUUUAUGUCUUUCUCACAAUCCUCUUCGUUCAAUAAAAGGGAACCUAUCAGGCCUACUCUUCUCGCUGUCAGUGCUGUACGUUACAGGGAUCGAGUACUGGGUACUAGAUAAACCGCUUCUUGAACUGCCUAAGCUGAAACACAUCACUGACGUAAUCCUGCCAUCGUAUAAGUCGGAAGGAUACUGUGGUUAUUGUUCAUUUAAUCGAAGUAACUUAACGUGGACMCCACUGGCACCUUUUGUUGACAAAUCUGGGUGUUACCUACGAAGACAUAGCGUGAACAUGCUAUCAUCCGUAGCACAGCUACUCAACGGUAGCUAUUUUCAUAUUCAAUGCAACAACCGUAAUAUUUUCAAAUGUAAGCAUAAUAAGAUAAAUUUCUAUACUUACUAUAUUGAGAAUAGCUGUUGGAAAGAAAAAAUUGUUGUAAUCAAAUGCCAAAGCUCUAUAGGUUUUUUGGCAGCGCUCCUUAAUCUCGUAGUAUUUUGGAAUAUCAUGACGUCUACGCAUCUACGUAAGAAUGUCUCUAUGUUGUUCGUAGGUAAUAUGGCCUUGAGUGACUUGCUUAUAGGCAUAUAUUAUCUGCAUAUUGGAGUAUAUUUAAGCAAUACAACAUUCUCGUACAUUCAUUCAGAGGGCUGUCCUUUGAUCGGUUUUCUGUGGAUGUUGGGACAAGCAGGGAGUGUUAUCACUUCAUUCUUGUUAACUCUAGAAAGGUAUCUCGUUAUUGUCUACAGUCUUAAUCCUAACAUUCGAAUCACUCGUCGUAUGGCAAUGACUUUAAUCUUCGUUUGUUGGCUGUUGUCUGCCUUCUUGACUGCAUAUGGCUGGUCGCUUUAUUAUGAAUUAUAUCAAUACUCGUAUUUGACUAUGUGUAUUCCCAUUCGCUUAAGUGUUAAUACGACAGCGAACAUUUUUGUGUUCACGUUAACAAUAGGUUCUAUAGGAAUAUUGUUCUACGUGGUAUCUUUUAUUUUGUACGUUUGUAUCUUUAUAACUGUGAGACGCGCGGCUGGAAGAGCAGGUGUCAAGCGAGAAUCAAAACUUGCUAAAAGAAUUGGAAUUCUGGUUGGAAGCAAUAUCAUCUUUUUCGUCGCUCCGCUUCUUUUCUCUGGUCUUAUUAUCAUUUCAGAUCGCAAGAAAUUUUCAAGUAGUACUUUUCAAGAAAUCGCUACAGAAAUUCUUAUUCCUUUCUGUGUGUGCGUGAAUUCAUUUCUCAAUCCAGUUAUACAUGCCUUUCGAACAGAUCUUUUCAAGACGGUCUUGAAGGAGAGGUUUUCUGUGGCUCGAAGCAACCUCUUUCAUUAA